CGAGCCUAUCCGCAGAACCGUCCGAGAGCUGCUGCAGCAGCCCCGCGCGCGCCUGCUGAGGAGGAGGAGUCCGUGAUCGCGAUCCCGCUCGAGCACCCCGCGCUCGGGUCGCCGCGAGAGGAGGGCACUGCGCCGGGCGAAUACCCGCUGCUGACACUGCCGGAGCAGAGGCAGAAGAGGCACUCGGCGUCGACGAGGGCGAGCUUGCAGGUCGAGAGAAGUGGGAGUCCGACGGGCACGAAUAGGAUCUCGUUGCCGAGGAGUGUCAGUAUUGAUAUUGCGAGGAGCAAGAGUGGUGAAUCGUCGCCGUUAUCACCUUUAUCGCCUGGUUUUAAACUUGAUAAGGGGAAGGGGAAGGCUGUUGAGGAGGAGGAUCAGAUUGCACCAGGCACCUAUCAACAGAAUACCUAUCAGGAGCAAGAGACUAUCACUGGGUUAGAAGGACAGAAUAUAUCCCAGCUCCCAACCAAACCAGUACCGGGAAUAUCUUUUGACAGGAAAACAACCAUGUCCAACGAUCUCGAACCUGGGCCACCGCCCCAGAACACCUACAAUCCCGGCGGGACAUCCCACCUCCCCCCGAACGCCUCGCUCACCUCCCUACCCGAAGGCCUCGGGCCCGCACUCUCCUCCAACAACACCUCUAUCAUCGGUUCUGACGGUCCCGCCGCCAAUCCCGCCGAAGAAUGGGGACCCGCGCACCCCUGCUUUCCACACCCAAACCCUCACGUGCCCGUGACCUCUCCGCUCUACCACACCACACGCAUCAUCCGCAUCCGCCGCGACUGGAUGCUCGAGGGCGACCUGGCCCCCACCUUCUCCAACCUCUACCCCGAGAUCCUCGAUCCGGCCGGCGUCUCCGAACAGGAUUUCCGCGCGCUCAUCGACCGCAUCAACCGCGAGUUGAUCCCGGCCUUCAACCCCCGCAGCUGGCGCAACGUCCUCGAUGGUGUCCUGUCCCUGCUCACCGGCUGGGCCUGGGAGGACAUGGGCUGUUCGGCCGUGAAGACCCGCCUCGCGAGGCUGGAACGGUAUCUGGAUGAUUGGAACCGCGAGAUGGAGAGCAGGUGUAAGGAGGGUGGUCCUGGAAGCGCGCCGAGAGUCCUAGAUAUCCAAGUCCCAGACCCGGAAAUCUCGUACCCAGCCCCAGUCUCAGAGAUCGGGGAUGUGGUGGUAGAGGGAGAAGCUAGCGCCGGCUAG